CUCGGACUCGCGGCUGACGCGUCUUUGGUUCAUGUGGUUCAUGUGGACUCUUCUGGACUAAAAGGAGUAUAUAAGCGUUGAUCGUGUUCAUGUCGAGCGCUUGUCGAGGUCGAUAUCGUUUGCAACAUUGAAACUCAUACACUGAAGACUGGCUCAAAAACGCUCGCUUUGUCGUCCGCCAUGCCAGUCGACUCGACUCUGCUGAACAGCAUCUGGACAAACUUGUCUUCACACAUCCCUCAAAGUGCGCUUGACGAUGAGUCGCAUCGCGCCCGGUGCCUCGACGGCACACGCACACAGCUCCUCUCGGACAUCAUGCGCCACCUCGACCAGCCGUGCCGGAGCGUCGUCUGGCUGCACGGUCCGCCCGGGACAGGCAAGACCGCCGUGGCGCUCAGUCUGGCAGACAAGCUCAGGGCGCAAUCGGACUCGACGGGCUCCAGGCUCGCGGGGUGCUUUUUCUUCCCCCGCAAGGACCCGCGCAAGCAGGGGCUGAACUGCGUGCUCCCAGCCAUCGCGUACCAGCUCGGCACGAAGAACGCGGUUGUGCGGGACAUGCUAGGGAACGCGCUGAUGCAGGACCCUGGGCUGCUCGCGCGGGACCGGACGUAUGCACACCAGGCAGAGCCGUUUUUCGUGCAUCCACUUAAGGUCUUCGGGCGCUAUGAGUGGUCAUUGAAGACGGAACAGCGCCCGCCGGUGCUCAUCUUUGAUGGGCUGGAUAGGUGUUGUUCGCCGAAGGAGUAUGGCACGGUGCUGCACUUUUUCAAGUUACUGGUGGACAGUCUUGCGCUUGAUCAUAUGCCGAACCUCCACAUCGUUCUCACCACCCGGACUCAUUUCUCGGCGGGGAAGGUUCUGAAGGCGCUGGGCGAGUCUCAGGUCAUCGAUAUCCAGGAGUACAGUGCAGCACCGGAUAUACCGUUCUUCUUGAAAGAGCGUCUGGAGGAAAUAGCGUUGCGGAGAGGUGUCCAGGGUCCCUUGGGCGUUACAUGGCCAUCCGACGAGGAUAUCGAGAAGAUCACCAGCAAAGUGAACGGCAAUUUCGGCCACGCGGAAAGAAUAGCUCGGUUCAUCGAUGACAUGGAGCCUACCAAACAGCUUGCCUCGGUCCUGGAGCAGCAUAGAGUCACUCCGCCAUCCGACGAUCAAGUUGAAGGUCGCAAACGACCUCAUCGUGAGACCGUCACGGCGAGCAGUUCUCGAAGUAACACGGGGGGAUCAGAGCAAUGGACAGUCGUUUCGCCAUAG